UUGAAAUUAACUGGAACUUCAGUGGCGCCGCGACUUGCCAGUUUCACCCCAGGAACUUUUCUUUGCAGGAGAGGAGAAGGGGUGCAAACGCCCCCGCUUUAGCUCUUUCUUCCCCUCCUCCUCCUCCUCUCCAAUUCGCCUUCCCCCAUUUGAAGCGAGCAACUGCGGGCUGGCCACCCCGCGCCUUCCUAAGUGCUCGCCGCAGCCGGGUGACCCGCCAGGCUCUCGGGGAGCCGCUUUCUCUGUGUCCGGGCAGCUGAGGGGAGAGGAGCCCGCGCCUCGAGUCCCCGAGCCGCCGCGGCUUCUCGCCUUUCCCGACCACCUGCCCCCUCCCCCGGGCCCGCGUAUGAAUCUCCUGGACCCCUUCAUGAAGAUGACCGAAGAGCAGGAGAAGGGCCUGUCCGGCGCCCCCAGCCCCACCAUGUCCGAGGACUCGGCGGGCUCACCCUGCCCUUCGGGCUCCGGCUCUGAUACCGAAAACACGCGGCCCCAGGAGAACACGUUCCCUAAGGGCGAGCCGGACCUGAAGAAGGAGAGCGAGGAGGACAAGUUCCCCGUGUGCAUCCGCGAGGCCGUCAGCCAGGUGCUCAAAGGCUACGACUGGACGCUGGUGCCCAUGCCGGUGCGCGUCAACGGCUCCAGCAAGAACAAGCCGCACGUCAAGCGGCCCAUGAACGCCUUCAUGGUGUGGGCGCAGGCGGCGCGCAGGAAGCUGGCGGACCAGUACCCGCACCUGCACAACGCCGAGCUGAGCAAGACGCUGGGCAAGCUCUGGAGACUGCUGAACGAGAGCGAGAAGCGGCCCUUCGUGGAGGAGGCGGAGCGGCUGCGCGUGCAGCACAAGAAGGACCACCCGGAUUACAAGUACCAGCCCCGGCGGAGGAAGUCGGUGAAGAACGGCCAGGCCGAGGCCGAGGAGGCCGCGGAGCAGACGCACAUCUCCCCGAACGCCAUCUUCAAGGCGCUGCAGGCCGACUCGCCGCACUCCUCCUCCGGCAUGAGCGAGGUGCACUCGCCCGGAGAGCAUUCGGGGCAAUCCCAGGGCCCACCGACGCCACCUACCACCCCCAAAACCGAUGUGCAGCCCGGCAAGGCUGACCUGAAGCGAGAGGGGCGCCCCCUGCCAGAGGGGGGCAGACAGCCCCCCAUCGACUUCCGCGAUGUGGACAUCGGUGAGCUGAGCAGCGACGUCAUCUCCAACAUCGAGACCUUCGACGUCAACGAAUUUGACCAGUACCUGCCACCCAAUGGCCACCCGGGGGUGCCAGCCACGCACGGCCAGGUCACCUACACCGGCAGCUACGGCAUCAGCAGCACAGCGGCGACCCCGGCCGGCGCAGGUCACGUGUGGAUGUCCAAGCAGCAGGCGCCGCCGCCCCCGCAGCAGCCCCCGCAGGCCCCGCAGGCCCCGCAGGCGCCCCCGCAGCAGCAGCCGCAGGCGCCCCCCCAGCAGCCGCCGGCGCCCCCGCAGCAGCCGGCGCACACGCUGACCACGCUGAGCAGCGAGCCGGGCCAGUCCCAGCGAACACACAUCAAGACGGAGCAGCUGAGCCCCAGCCACUACAGCGAGCAGCAGCACUCGCCAGCGCAGCAGAUCGCUUACAGCCCCUUCAACCUGCCGCACUACAGCCCCUCCUACCCGCCCAUCACCCGCUCCCAGUACGACUACACCGACCACCAGAACUCGGGCUCCUACUACAGCCACGCGGCCGGCCAGGGCUCCGGCCUCUACUCCACCUUCACCUACAUGAACCCGGCGCAGCGGCCCAUGUACACCCCCAUCGCCGACACCUCCGGGGUCCCUUCCAUCCCGCAGACCCACAGCCCCCAGCACUGGGAACAGCCUGUCUACACACAGCUCACCAGACCUUGAGGAGGCCUUAGACAAAGGGUGAUGAUUGGCGUGAUGAUCAUAAAAAUAAACGAAGAAAGAAACAACCAACCAGAAUUUCCAUUGGACAUUUUUUUUUCUUACUCCAUAAAGACCUUUAAGCUGGAGGCAACUCGUACCCAGAUUCCAAGACAGACACAUUAGCUAUCCAAACACAUGACCACCUUGCUUCGAGGCAGUGGCCAGGCCACCCUUGGCUAGAAGGACCAGCGGGAUCAGGACAGGAGUCAAGCCGGAGGAGGAGGGAGAACCAAUCUGGGACCAAUCUGCUCAAUCUCUCUGCCUGUUUGGACUUUGUAAUUAUUUUUUAGCAGUAAUUAAAGAAAAAAAGAGUCCUCUGUGAGGAAUAUUCUCUAUUUUAAAUAUUUUUAGUAUGUACUGUGUAUGAUUCAUUACCAUUUUGAGGGGAUUUAUACAUAUUUUUAGAUAAAA